CUUAGUUUCACCACUUGAACUUGGGACCCACUGCUGCCCUCAGCUCCGAGGUGGGGGCGAGAGCGAGUGCAGGAGGCGGAUCCUGGGCGCGUGAGGGCGACAGUCAGCGCGCUGGGCAUGAACCUGGAGGGCAGCGGCCGAGGCGGAGAGUUCGGCAUGAGCUCGGUGAGCUGCGGCAACGGGAAACUCCGCCAGUGGCUGAUCGACCAGAUCGACAGCGGCAAGUACCCAGGGCUGGUGUGGGAGAACGAGGAGAAGAGCAUCUUCCGCAUCCCCUGGAAGCACGCGGGCAAGCAAGACUACAACCGCGAGGAGGACGCCGCCCUCUUCAAGGCUUGGGCACUAUUUAAAGGAAAGUUCCGAGAAGGCAUAGAUAAGCCAGACCCUCCUACCUGGAAGACCCGUUUGCGAUGUGCUUUGAACAAGAGCAAUGACUUUGAGGAACUGGUAGAGAGGAGCCAGCUGGACAUCUCAGACCCCUACAAAGUGUACAGGAUUGUUCCUGAGGGCGCAAAAAAAGGAGCAAAGCAGCUCACCCUGGAGGACCCACAGAUGACCAUGAGCCACCCCUAUACCAUGACGGCUCCUUAUACCUCACUCCCAGCUCAGCAGGUUCAUAACUACAUGAUGCCACCCCAUGACCGAACCUGGAGGGACUACGUCCCUGAUCAGCCCCACCCAGAAAUCCCGUAUCAAUGUCCUGUGACGUUCGGAUCUCGCAGCCACCACUGGCAAGGCCCGGCUUGUGAAAAUGGUUGCCAGGUGACAGGAACCUUUUAUGCUUGUGCCCCGCCUGAGUCCCAGGCCCCUGGAAUCCCCAUAGAGCCAAGCAUAAGGUCUGCUGAAGCCUUGGCGCUCUCAGACUGCCGGCUCCACAUCUGCUUGUACUACCGGGAGAUCCUGGUGAAAGAGCUGACCACGUCUAGCCCAGAAGGCUGUCGGAUCUCCCACGGGCACACCUAUGAUGCCAGUAACCUGGACCAGGUCCUUUUCCCCUACCCAGAGGACAAUGGCCAGAGGAAAAACAUCGAGAAACUUCUGAGCCACCUGGAAAGGGGUGUGGUCCUCUGGAUGGCCCCCGACGGGCUUUAUGCCAAAAGACUAUGCCAGAGCAGGAUCUACUGGGAUGGGCCCCUGGCACUGUGCAGUGAUCGGCCCAACAAACUGGAGAGGGACCAGACCUGCAAGCUCUUUGACACACAGCAGUUUUUAGCAGAGCUGCAAGCUUUUGCUCACCAUGGCCGUCCCCUGCCAAGAUUCCAGGUAACUUUGUGCUUCGGGGAAGAAUUUCCAGAUCCUCAGAGGCAAAGGAAGCUCAUCACUGCUCACGUCGAACCUCUACUAGCCAGACAACUAUAUUAUUUUGCUCAGCAAAACAGUGGACAUUUCCUGAGGAGCUAUGAUUUACCUGAACACAUUAGCAGUCCAGAGGAUUAUCACAGAUCUAUUCGCCACUCCUCCAUUCAAGAAUGAAAAAUGUCAAGACAAGUGAUUUUGUUUCAUUGUAAAUAUCUGACUUUGACAGGAACAGCUGACUGAACUCCCUCUUUUUCUUUUGAGAAACUUGGAAAUUGGGGCUUCAAUUCAACACUUGAGGAGAAUCUCAGCAAGAAUGAGUGUAAAAAAACCAGCUCCAUCUAAUUGACAGAUGAGCUUAUUCCAAAAGGAAGGACAGUUUUCAGGGUCUUCCGUAGACUGUCAUCUUUGAUGAUUACUGUGAAAAUUGACCAAAGGGUGUGUUUACAUUUACUCAAAUGCUAUCUUUAAUUUGAUGUGGAUUAUUUCUUGCUUGAAAACUGAGAAAACUUGUGUUUCAGUAUUGACCACUAACUAGAGGGAUAAAAGCACAUAAGUGUUGUACUAUUUCUCAGGGAAAUAAUAUCUCAAUUUGAGGUGACUCUGCCCACAAAAGAAAUGUAUCAAUGCACAUAGAAGAUGUUGCUCUUGUAGAAAAUGCUUGCUGUUAGAAAGAGAAUCUUUGACUGAGGUUGGACCACAGUGCCUCCAGCUUUGGGGUGGCUGAUCACCCCACCUGGCCUGGGUCUCACCCCAGCACGGACUUCCCUGCCCUGUCUCACACUGCCUCCCAUUUGCUCUCUCUCCUUGGGUGCCCCUGGAAGCCAGUUGGUAUUUUCUGGAACCAAAAAGCAUUAGGACUAAUUCAUUGGCCUAAAUUAUUCUGAGUUACCUCAAACUUCAUUAAUCACCAGUUGAUUAGCAUAUUUGAUUAGCAUAUUUUUGUCAGUCCUACAAUCUUUUAAUGACUGCUUAAGAUAUUUUUUGUUUGUCUUUUUGUCUCUCAUUCUGUAGAGAUUGUUGUUAAAACUUUUUUCUUAAAAAAGAAAAAAAGAUCAACAAUCCAAGUACUAAAGAUACAUUUUUGAAACUUGGUGACAUUUCCCCUCUUACCCUGUUUGUUUUGUUUGGCUAUCAGUUAGUUAUCCAUGACAACACUAAAGAGGAGGAGCUGAUGCUUUUCAAUUUGGUGAACUCUGUUAGGAAAGAUGAUGACAGGAUUUCACUGAUUGCAUAACUGCAGACUCAGUGGACUGUUUUUGCUUAUUUUGUAUAUUAUAUGCUUCCUCAUGCCAGUAUGGUUUAACAGGGCCUUAAAAUUACUGGGUUUUUUCCAAAUACAUCUUUUUAUAGAAUCACUAAGAUAUCUACUUGCUUAAGUAAACCUGAUCACUUCCUUGUUGAUUGUUUUGGAAAAGUACAGAUAUUUAGACUGAGGCUGGCAACUGAUAUUUUUAUCAUACUACAAAAAAACUGCUAUUACUUUCAGCCUCAGCAAGAGACUUAGCAGUUCUCAAAUAUAUGCCACUUUUUUUUAUUAUGUUAUGUUAUGUUAGUCACCAUACAAUACAUCAUUAGUUUUUGAUGUAGUGAUC